UGAGGAUUCGAAAUAGAGUAAAGAUCAAAUGGUUCGACACAUUUGAGAUAUUUAGAGAUCUUAGUGAUAUUAAAAUGCUGUGGAGGAGAAUUUUAAGAGUAACGGUCUUUGCCAGUACCUUAUGUAUGUCAGAAUCUGUUUUGUGGCCUGCUGGAUCAUAUGGAAUACCCAAACCUGUGUCUGGUUGUCCUCUGACUACUGGCUUUCAGUGGGAGAAAGGAUGGCGGGCUCACGACACAAAUGGUGUAUCCUCAAACAAUUCCAGAUCCCAUGACUUCCACCUCGAUGCAAAGGUAGAUGAAAGCAAAGUCCAAAGAUCAUUCUGUAUAAAAACAUCCACGAUUGACGACCAUAACAGACCAAAUUGGCCACAAGGACGAUAUUGUAUCUACAAAAAGGGAACCUGCCCAGCAAAUUUCAAGGAAGGCUAUGUUUACUGGGAUGAUGACGACAGUAACAAAAAUAAGAAUAAACGUAGUGGAACACUUCCUGACGGAACGUUCAACGAGAACACAAGAAUCGAGUUUUGCUGCAGAAGCGACGGGGAAAAAGAUACUCCUAUUCUCCUUCCCUCUGAUUCUCCAUUUUUCCUGCUGGCUUACAAAUCAGACAAAUGUCAGAUGGUCAAAUGGGCGAUAGCAAGAGCAGAGUGGAUUUAUUAUGAUACUCAAAACAACAACAACAUGGAUGGAAGGGGCGGCGGAUUCCCUUAUGAUGCCCGUGAACGUGAACAGCAUCAAAAGAUAUAUUACUGUUACUACACUGGAUGUAAUAGAACACUAACAACAGCCAAUGGUAGUUUCCACUCUCCGAAUUAUCCAGGAAAGUACCCGAAUGGUCAACACUGCUCGUGGACGAUCACAGUUAACACAACGCGACAGAUCGUAUUGGUUUUUACUGAAUUUAGACUGCAACACGAGAUUGGCACAGACGAACUAUACGUUUAUGAUGGAUCUGAUUCUAAAGGCGUGGUGUUAGGAGUCUUUUACGGAGGUCACCCUCCCCCAGAAAAAGGAAUAUACUCUUCAUCUAACUACAUGUUUAUAGUAUUCAAGUCAGACAAAGAUAACUCUUUCACUGGCUUUAAAGCAUCUUACUUUGGUGUCAAUAUUUCAGCGUCAACAAGAUCACCAGACAGGACGACACCAAGUGAGAUUCCUUCAUCUAGAGCAGAUGAUCCGAAUAGUAGAGGGAAGGGUGAACCUGAAGAAAGAGUAGGUGUGACUGUGGUAUAUUUGGUCGUUCCCUUGGUGCUGAUCGCCCUUUUAGCAUUCGUGCUCGUAGGAGUGGUGUUUUACCGCAAGAGGUUACAGCAUUCUGUUUAACUUACGGAUCGAUCAUCUAGAUCAUGAGCUCAACCUGACGAAGAAUAAGACGUGAUGAGGUGAAUUAUUUUAGCUGCCUCUUUCACCUAUUUCAAUCAAACUAGCGAGCAGUUUUGCAGUUGGUACAAAACUUACUUUAAAAGAUCUCCGGUUGAUAACUUAUAAAAGAUAUUACGUGCGAUCUCGAGCAUUAUUUCAAUGAUAGAUUUAGUCAGCAGUCUAUUUGGUCUAAUUAAGGGAGGGGAGAGCUUGCUACAUGAGCUCGAGAUCCUAUCACUAACCUUAACCCUGAGCCGUCCUGUUUGAUUUGGGAUUAUAGAUCAGAAUUUCAAGAUGGAAACCAAUAAUUUUACAAAAAAAGAAAGGAACCGGAAGACCAUUUAGUGUAAUGUAGAGCAGAUUUUGAAGCACAACUAAACCGCUUGAAGACGAUAGAUCAAAUAAAGUUUUAAUUCGUACACUUCAUUAGCUUGUCGUGCAGCUGGACUUAUCACCCGGCAGGCUCACAAACACAUACACCAGCAGUGGAUCUAGGAAUUUUUGAUGGG